UUGUCUAUUUGUACGUGAUAUGGCGUGUGAAUCAGCACCACCAGUUGUUACAAUCGACAUAAUGUGAUGUACAAAGUACGAACACUGUCUGAAGUUAAUAAAUUUUAGGUAGCUAUGCAUCACAACAGCAAAGGAAGAUAAUGGGUGAGAGUCAUGGCAAGCCCCACGCCAUAAUGAUCUCCGUCCCCUACCAGGGUCACAUUAACCCAUUUGUCAAUCUAGCCCUCAAGAUUGCUUCCAAGGGCUUUUCCAUCACUUUUGUUCAUCUUGAAUUUGUUCACCACAAAUUGUCCAAGGUUCAUGACCAUACCACUACAGCUGAUCAAGUCGACUUCUUUUUUGUAGCUCGCGAAUCAGGUCUUGACAUACGUUACACAACGAUUAGCGAUGGUUAUCCUUUGGAAUUUGAUCGAGAUCUCCACCAAUUGGAGUACUUCAAUACCCUCUUUCAUGAUUUUCCAGCUCGUGUCGAUGAAUUUGUUGGGAAUAUAAUCCAAUCCGACCCAUUUUCGGUACAUUUCUUGGUUACUGACACUAUUUAUCAUUGGCCGGCAACCAUUGCCCACAAGUACAACCUUGUGAACGUUUCAUUCUGGACCGAACUAGCUCUCGUAUUUUCUUUAGGCUACCACUGGGAUCUUCUAAGAGAAAAGGGCCAUGUUCCUUGCAAAGAUAACAAAGAGGUGGAGAUAAAUUACCUUCCUGGAAUUGAAUCAAUCAGCACAAGGGACGUGAUGUCAUAUCUCAGGGAAGAGGAGAUUGUAUUGAGUGAAGUUUUGUUCGUGGCAUUUCAGGAAGUAAAGAAGGCAGAUUUUGUCCUGCACAACACAGUUCAAGAAUUAGAAUCUGAGACACUAUCAGCUCUCAACAAAUACUUGCCUAAUUAUGCAAUUGGCCCUAUUAAUUUUUCCAAAAUUCUCGACACCAAUACUAUCAGCAAAAGUUUGUGGCCAGAAUCAGACUGCACUGAGUGGCUGGACUCCAAGGCCCCUGGCUCAGUUUUGUACGUGUCUUUCGGGAGUCUUGUUCAGACCAGUAAGCAGGUAAUUCAAGAAAUAGCUUACGGGCUUCUUCUUAGUGAAGUAAACUUUAUUUGGGUGGUUCGAGAAGGUAUUGUAAGCCCUGGUGAUACUAAUGUUCUGCCGGCCGGGUACCAGGACAAGGUUAGAGAUAAAGGAUUGGUAAUUUCAUGGUGUAAUCAAAUUAAAGUUCUUUCAAAUCCGGCUGUUGGAGGAUUCUUGACACACAACGGGUGGAACUCGACGGUAGAGAGCAUGUGGUGUGGUGUUCCUAUGAUUUGUUGCCCGAUAACCUAUGACCAACUUACUAACAGGAAACUAGUAGUUGAUACUUGGAAGAUUGGAAUUAGUCUUUGUGAUGGGACGUCGACUGUCGAAAGAAAUGAAGUUGCUGAGAAGAUAAAGAGCUUUAUGAAAGGAACUGCUUUAGAGGGUUUGAAGAAAGAGGCAGAAAAGGUUAAGGAGACUUUACAUGAUGCAUUACAAAUUGAUGGGUCCUCGGAGAGAAAUUUUCAUCAAUUUAUUAAGGAUUUGAAGGGAAAAAUCCAUGCCACAGCUGCAAGAGAAUAAACAUUGGCCAGUUAGCCAUGCAAUUCAUCGUAUUGCCGAUGAUACUUUACUUACAUUUCAGGACUCAACUCUCAGAAGUAAAAUCAAAGGCUUUGUAAUAUGGUCUGUUGUCGUCAACAGUGGUACUACAAAAGAAAAUUGAUAUUCACUAUAUUAUUAAUCUGUACCACUUAAA